AUGUCAGCUAACGAUAAAUACUCCACUCCAUUAUCUUCAAGAUAUGCGUCGGAUGAGAUGUCCAAAAUCUUUUCGUUGAGGAACAGAUUCUCAACCUGGAGAAAGUUAUGGCUCAAUUUAGCUAUCGCUGAGAAGGAAGUCGGAUUAGACAUGAUUUCAGACAAGGCUAUUGAGCAAAUGAAGGCACACUUGGAAAUCACUGAUGAAGAAAUUGAAGCUGCUUCCAAGGAAGAGGCAAUCGUUAGACACGACGUUAUGGCCCACGUUCACGUUUUUGGUAAAACUUGUCCAGAUGCUGCUGGGAUUAUCCAUCUAGGUGCUACCUCAUGUUUCGUUACAGACAAUGCCGAUUUGAUUUUCUUGAGGGAUGCCUACGACGUUUUGAUUCCAAAAUUGGUCAAUGUCAUUAACAGAUUAUCUGAAUUUGCAUUAAAGUAUAAGGAUUUGCCAGUUUUAGGAUGGACUCACUUCCAGCCUGCUCAAUUGACAACUGUUGGUAAGAGAGCUACAUUGUGGAUUCAAGAGUUGUUAUGGGAUUUGAGAAACAUGGAAAGAGCUAGAAAUGAUCUCGGGUUGAGAGGAGUUAAAGGUACCACAGGUACACAAGCUUCAUUCUUGUCUUUGUUCCACGGUAACCACGACCAAGUUGAACAAUUAGAUGAAAGAGUUGUUGAAUUAUUAGGAUUCGACCAUGUUUAUCCAGUUACUGGUCAAACUUAUUCUAGAAAAAUUGAUAUUGAUGUUUUAUCCCCAUUAGCGUCCUUGGGUGCUACUGCGCACAAAUUUGCUACUGAUAUCAGAUUAUUAGCUAACUUGAAGGAAGUUGAAGAACCAUUUGAGAAGUCCCAAAUUGGGUCUUCUGCUAUGGCUUACAAGAGAAACCCAAUGAGAUGUGAAAGAGUCUGCUCUUUAGCAAGACACAUGGGUGGUUUAUUAAAUGAUGCCAUUCAGACCGCCUCCGUUCAAUGGUUUGAAAGAACAUUAGAUGAUUCAGCCAUUAGAAGAAUCUCCCUUCCAUCAGCGUUUUUAACUGCUGACAUUUUAUUAUCCACCAUGAAUAACAUUUCCUCUGGAUUAGUCGUCUAUCCAAAGGUCAUUGAAAGAAGGAUCAAUUCCGAAUUACCAUUCAUGGCUACUGAAAAUAUCAUUAUGGCCAUGGUUGAAAAGGGUGAAUCUAGACAAGAAUGUCACGAAGAAAUCAGAGUCUUGUCCCACCAAGCCAGUGCUGUCGUUAAGCAAGAAGGUGGUGAUAAUGACUUAAUCCAAAGGGUCAGAGCCACUGAAUAUUUCAAGCCUAUCUGGAACGAGUUAGAUACUUUGUUAGACCCUUCCACUUUCGUUGGUAGAGCUCCUCAACAGACUGAAAAGUUUAUUAAUAAGGACGUUGCGAAUGCUUUAAAAAAUUACAAGCAUUUGGUUAACGAUGAAUCAGUUUCCUUGAACGUUUAA